ACCAGGGUCGUAGUAAACAUGAAUAGAGUAAUUUUGGUGUGUCCAGACAACAUGAGAAAAGGGGGGCUAUUUGUUAUAUCGUUUAUACCAAUAGUAGAAAUAUCUGUACGGUAGACAAAGAGUUAGAACGCGAAAAUGAUGAGCUCGUCGAUAAACAAGGACUACAUGGACAUCGACGAAUUUCUUUCGUCUAGGGACAUUUGUGAAGGUCUUUCUUUUCCAGAAAGCGACUAUGCCGAUGAGGAUUUUGGAAGUAUCACUGAUUUAGCUGAAGGUACAGAUAAUCUUGAAGCAUUACUAGACGAACAAUUGCAAGAAUAUACUGUAAAUGAAAUCAUAGAACCAAUACAGCCUGCUUCUCCUCUGAGUAGCAAUGAAGGCAAUGGUAGAAGCAUUUCUCCUGAUAGCUUUUCGUCGAGCCAACAUUGUAGAUCUCCAGGUGAAGACAAAGCCAAAAAGGAAAAUGUCAAAACUAGAGGUAAAAGGGUUAAAAAGGCUUAUAAGGAGAUGAAAGAUAGCACUGAAAGCAAUAGUAGCAAAGCACGUACUUCGACAUGGCAUGUAUCAAAGUCCCCAGAUAAAAAAUGUCUAGCUACAUCAGUAGAAAUCGAAGGUGUUUCAUACACUUACAAACUGUUGCCAACUGCAAAAAACAAGAAACAACGUAGACAAUCCGUGCCUGGGGAUCUAAAAGAUGGAAAAUACUGGGAUAGACGAUUGAAAAAUAAUUUAGCUGCAAAGCGGUCACGUGACUUGAGAAGGCAGAAAGAAAUGACUGUUGCUCAUAAAGCWGCUAAUCUAGAAGCAGCGAACAAGGAACUUCAAAACGAAGUUGCCAAAUUGAAGGAACAGAAUACCCUGCAAUAAUAUGCAGUUGUUGGAACUCUUUGAAGAAUGAGCCAUACAACAAUACAAGUCAUUGCGUCAAGAUUUCACAUCCACUACCUUUAUUAUUUUAUUUUAUUGUGUAGUUCCAGAAAUUACCAAUACCCUGCAUUUAAUUUCUAGGGGUAGGGGGAUCUUUGAAAAACCUCCAUGAGGUGGGUAUGGAUAAUUUCUUGGAACUACACGUUGCACAGUUAUUAAGCUAGUUCAUGUAGCCCUGAAGAUGGCCAAUAUAGCUGAAAGCUUGGCAAGAAAAGAAAAUCAUUAACAUAUAUAGUGGAUACAAAACCUGGACUCAUGAUAUGCAUCCUACUUACAAGAAUACACUUGAAUUGAAGUCAUUGUUCUUUAGUAUAUUGUACAUUUGAUUUACAAUGUAUUCUGUCUAGUCAACAAAAUCAUCGACCAUUAAACAGAUCAUAUAUUAACAUCAAUCUAGUUUCAAUAAUACUGUCUUAAUACUGUAUAGUAAUGUUUUUUAAAUAUCUUAUAAUUAGAUAUCUUGAGUUCUCUUUUGCUUAGCUUAUCCGCCAUUUAUAUUCAGCCAUUCAACCAAAACCUGUGUAAAUAUAAUCAACUUAUAUCGUUAGGUAGUACAUAUGUGCCAUACUAUACAGUGGGCCUUAAUAAAAGAAAAGAACACAUUUGAGACUAAGGAAAGUAAUUUCUUGAAAAAUAUUAUAUACCAUUUACUUUUAAAAUAGCAUCAUUUAAUUACUGAAACUACAAGAAUGGUUUGAACACUUUCUUUUAUUACAAUAUUCAAUAAGCAACAAAUAUAAGGAAAUACAAAUAAUUUGAACAAGAAAGAAAAUUAUGAAGCAUUUGGGUAGUGGCCAGUCGUAAAAUGAUGCCAUCCUGUAAA